AUGCCCAGCUCAGGAACUAAGCGUCCUGCCCCGCCGCACCUUGACGAGCGCAACGAACGCCGAGACAGGCCUCGCGAUUGGCGUGAUGCACACUUCGCUGACCGCGAUGGAGACCGCGAGUCGAGUCGCAACGGUCACCGGCGAGAUGAACGCGAUCGUCACGAUCGUCAUGCCCACGGACACCGCGACAGAGAGCGCAGAGACGUAGGGUACGACCGCCGCAGAAACCACCGCCGCGAUGACCGCAGGCACGAUCGCACUCCCCAGAGGUCGCAUGAGAGGGAGGAGGGAGAAAUCGAGUCGCCGCCGCGCGACGCUCGUCGUCUCAGUCCCCAUCGCUCGCCCAUCAAGUCGCCGGUUCGUUCUCCGGCCCGUCAGCCGGUCAGUAUCCCAAGUGACCCGCGGGUGAAGGAGAAGGAGUCGGGGCGCACACACGAUCCCGUCAAGAUCGCUGUGCCGCCGCCCGCCCCUGCUGCUGAUGAACCAGAGCCAGAACCGGAGGAGGAGAUGGACGAGGAGAAGCGCAUUGAGGAGCGAAGGAAGAAGCGUGAGGCGCUUCUGGCCAAGUUCCGUGCAGGAGAGGGCCCGAAGCCGUCGAUCCCGGGAUCACCCGCCCGGCACUCUGCAGCCCAGAGUCCUGCUAGUAACGGGCCGGGCACCGGUACGAACACGGAGACGGGCGCGACGCCCCUCAUGCAGAACCUCGCUACUAGCUCCCAUGCGCCGUCACCCAACACGGUAAACCCGUCUCAGGCGCCGACGCCGUUUGCAGGUGAGGACCUCGCGAAGCCCGCUGGUGCCGAAAAGAGCGACCGGGACGGCGUUUCGGCCGCCGAGUAUAAUGAGCGUGCCAAGGGUGGCGACAAGGAGAUGCCCGCCGAUGUCGAGAAGAAGGAGGAUGAGUGGGAGGAGGUUGAGAUCGAGGUGUCGGAUGAUGACGAUGAGGAGAUGGACAUGUUUGCUGCGUUUGGUGACGAGGAGACGCCGAAAAAGAAGCGCAAGGUCAAGGUGCGCCGGCGCAAGGGAGCGAACGGCACUGAGGCGAUCGAGUACAUCGAAAAGAAGCCUAAGUCUGCUGCUGCGGCUGCGCUCGAGGUCGUCGACAACGUAGACGACGUUGAGGGCUACUACCGCAUCACGCCCGGCGAGAUCCUUGACGAUGGACGAUACCAGAUCACGGUGACGCUUGGCAAGGGCAUGUUCUCUGCUGUCGUCAAGGCGAAGGUUUUGAAGGCUGUCGGCCAGGAGCGGCACCAAGACGUAGUGGGACGCGAAGUCGCGAUCAAGCUCAUGCGUUCGCAGGAGAGCAUGUACGUCGCCGGUCGGAAGGAGGCGCAGGUGCUCAAGCUACUGAACCAUGCGGACCCAGGAGACAAGAAGCACAUCGUGCGCAUGGACCGCACGUUCGAGCAUCGCGGGCACUUCUGCAUCGUCACCGAGAGCAUGAGCAUGAACCUUCGCGACGUCAUCAAGCGUUUCGGCAAGGACGUCGGCCUCAACAUGAAGGCCGUUCGCGCUUACGGACACCAGAUGCUGUUGGCGCUGUCGCUCAUGCGGCGGUGCAACAUUGUGCAUGCCGACAUCAAGCCUGACAACGUACUCGUGUCCGAGAACAAGGCUGUUCUGAAGGUGUGCGACCUCGGUACCGCCGCUGAGGUCUCCGCCGGAGAAAUCACGCCGUAUCUCGUGUCCCGUUUCUACCGUGCCCCCGAAAUCAUUCUCGGCCUUCCAUACGACACGGCCAUCGACAUGUGGGCGAUCGGCUGUACGCUGUACGAGCUGUACACGGGCAAGAUUCUCUUCCCGGGUCGGUCGAACAACCACAUGCUCCUCUGCAUGAUGGAGACCAAGGGCAAGAUCCCAAACCGAUUAAUCAAGAAGGCGUCGCUGGGCCACGAUCACUUUGACGAGAACAUGAACUUCAUCAGUGUCGAGCGCGACCGCAUCACGGGUGCCGACGUGGUCAAGACUGUUGUUAUCAACAAGCCGUCUCGCGACCUCCGGAGCCGCCUCAUGCCCUCGAGCUCGGCGCAGAUGAAGAUGCCCGAGGCUGAGCUGAGGCAGAUCCAGCAGUUCAUCGAUCUACUGGACAAGUGCCUCGCCCUCGACCCGCUCCGACGCAUCACGCCUCGCGAGGCGCUGAACCACCCCUUCAUCACGGGGCAGUAG